AUGGAUCAUUUGGUAGCUAAUCGGCCACCUGGUUCGACCACUCGGGUGCCAAUUGGGUGUCGGCUAUCAGGUGGCCGAGUGGCCGAGCCAGGAGAAGGGAAGUGUCACCAUAUUCAAUUCAACGCUCACCAUUUGCUUAGUUUAUUUUCCUUUCCCAGUUUGAAUACAAUGUCUUCUUCCUCUAGUUCAUGGACUGCUCAGGAAAACAAAGCCUUUGAAAAUGCUCUAGCUGUUUAUGACAAAGACACCCCAAACCGUUGGUGCAACAUUGCAAGGGCUGUUGGUGGAAAAACUCCUGAGGAAGUGAAGAGGCACUAUGAUAUCCUUGUGGAGGACAUCAGGCGUAUUGAGACGGGGCAAGUGCCCUUUCCAAUUUACAGGAACCUCAAAGAUGGUGCAUGA